AUGGAGGCCAUUCGAAAUGGAGCGAGCAUGAGGGCAGGGGGGAGAGGAGAGUGGUGGCAUGGCAGAGACACUACCCCGACUGCCUGCCCCCCUCACCAGCUGCCCCCCUCACCAGCUGCCACACUCACCAGCUGCCACACGGGGACUGGCAGCGACCCGUUGUCGACCAUGGUGCUGGUGAAGCACGUGGCAGGGGGACAGGUGGCAGGGGGACAGGUGGCAGGGGGACAGGUGGCAGGGGGACAGGUGGCAGGGGGACAGGUGGCAGGGGGACAGGUGGCAGGGGGACAGGUGGCAGGGGGACAGGUGGCAGGGGUACAGGUGGCAGGGGGACAGGUGGCAGGGGGACAGGUGGCAGGGGGACAGGUGGCAGGAGGACAGGUGGCAGGGGGACAGGUGGCAGGGGGACAGGUGGCAGGGGGACAGGUGGCAGGGGGACAGGUGGCAGGGGGACAGGUGGCAGGGGGACAGGUGGCAGGGGGACAGGUGGCAGGGGGACAGGUGGCAGGGGGACAGGUGGCAGGCGGACAGGUGGCAGGCGGACAGGUGGUAGGGGGACAGGUGGCAGGGGGACAGGUGGCAGGGGGACAGCUUGCAGGGAGACGCAGUUGCAACACAGACAGUCGGGCCUCACAUAACGAUGAGCAGCGCGGGAGUGUUCCAGGAGCACCCAAGCGCGCCUCCAGCAAGGCAUUCCGAUUAGCAGCUGGACCGUCCCAACCAAAUGCGCCUCCGACGGGCCUCGGGGGUGGCGAGGCUGGGAAGCAGCAGGUGCAGGCUGAAUGCCACACACCAGCAGGUGCAGGCUGA